AAAAAAAGAAAAGAGAAAGCUCCUUCUGAAAGGAAACAGAGAAGCGAUUUAUAAUUUAGUAAGCUACCAUGGCUCGCACCUUGUUUUUCUUCUCUCUGCUAAUGUUAUCUCUUUCAGCCAUGCAAAGCACCCAUGCAGUCGAAUAUGCUGUCAAUGACAACACAGGAAACAGUGGCGGCGGUGUUCGUUUCAGAAACGAUAUCGGGGUCGACUACAGCCUGCAAACUCUGGGUUCCGCCACGGAUUUUAUCUGGAGAAUCUUCCAACAAAACAACCCAGCUGAAAGAAAAGAUGUACAAAAAGUAACUUUGUUCAUUGAAAAUCGGGAUGGCGUUGCGUUUUCUGUUAAUAAUGAAAUUCAUGUUAACGCAAAUUAUCUAGGAAACUAUACAGGUGAUGUAAAAAAAGAAUUCACAGGCGUAAUCUAUCAUGAAAUGACUCAUAUCUGGCAAUGGAACGGGAACGGUCAGACUCCUGGAGGAUUAAUUGAAGGAAUAGCUGAUUUUGUGAGGCUAAAGGCUAAUUACAUUCCUAGCCAUUGGGUGCAGCCAGGGCAGGGCAAUCGUUGGGACCAAGGCUAUGAUGUUACAGCAAGGUUUUUGGACUAUUGUAAUAGUCUCAGAAAUGGAUUUGUUGCAGAGCUGAACAAAAAGAUGAGAACUGGUUAUAGUGCUGAUUAUUUCGUUGAUCUGUUGGGAAAGACUGUUGACCAGCUCUGGAGUGAUUACAAGGCCAAGUAUGGCAAUUAAAAUGAAUUACUAUUGUAUUUUCAUCCGCAUAUUCUGUGCUUAUAAAUUGUCUAAAUAAAAUCCGAGUCAUGAUCAGUGUAAGGAAUUUACUAGCAGGAAUGUGCUGCACUGUUAUGGCAAGCCUUCUUCAUCUCCCUUAA